UAGCCAGGACGAGAAUGGCUUUGUGCAACGAUGCAACGUGGCUUGUGUUCAUCCUUGUGGCCAUGUGCGCCGUGAGCGGGGCGAAAAGGCCCGUAGCCAAGGAGAGCGCCGGUCCUGCUCCUGCCCCUGCACCGGAGGAGGCGUCCGGCGAUGGUGGGACCUUCGACAUCACCAAGCUCGGCGCAGCCAGCGACGGAAAGACGGACUGCUCAAAGGAACUGGAGGAGGCGUGGAAAUCGGCGUGCGGGGCGGCCGGGCAGCACACGGUGGUGAUCCCCAAGGGGGAAUUUCUGUGUGGACCUGUCAACUUCAGCGGGCCGUGCGAGGGCGAUGUGACUAUCCAGAUCGACGGCACCUUGCUGGCCACCAACGACCUGCCCAAGUACGGCGGUGGUAGCUGGAUCAACAUCCUCAAGGUUGACAACCUGGUCAUCACCGGCUCCGGCACGCUGGACGGCCAAGGAUCUAACGUUUGGACCAAGGAUCCCCAGGCCAAGGCCGGCUAUCCCAACACGCUGGUGCUGGACUACGUGAAGAACGGGAGCGUGUCGGGCAUCACGCUGCUCAACUCCAAGUUCUUCCACAUGAACAUCUACAUGUCGUCGGACGUGAAGAUCGACAACGUGACCAUCACGGCGCCCGGGGACAGCCCCAACACGGACGGCAUCCACAUCGGCGACUCCUCCAACAUCCACGUCACGGGCGCCACCAUCGGCACAGGGGACGACUGCAUCUCCAUCGGUGGCGGGAGCGCCAGCAUCACCGUGACCGGGGUGACCUGCGGGCCGGGUCAGGGGAUCAGCGUGGGGUGCCUGGGCAGGUACAAGGACGAGAAGGACGUGUCGGACGUGACGGUCAAGGACUGCGUGCUCCGGAGUAGCACCAACGGCGUCCGGAUCAAGACCUACGUGGACGCCGUCAAGUCCAUCACGGCCUCCAACCUCACCUUCGAGAACAUCAAGAUGGAGGACGUGGCCAACCCCAUCAUCAUCGACCAGAACUACUGCCCCGAGAAGAUCUGCACCGCCAAGAGCAAGUCCGCCGUCACCGUCAAGGACAUCAUCUUCCGCAACAUCACGGGGACGUCAUCCACGCCGGAGGCCGUCAGCCUGCUCUGCUCCGAGAAGCAGCCCUGCAGCGGCGUCGAGCUCAUCGACGUCAACGUCGAGUACAGCGGCAAGAACAACAAGACCAUGGGGGUGUGCACCAACGCCAAGGGCAUUGCCAAGGACACCCUCCAGGCCCUCGCCUGCGUCUCUGAUGUGUGACGACCCUGUCGAGCUAGCUCCAUCCCAUCCCAUCCCAUGCAUGCAUGAGCUAGUAUAGAUCGAUCUCUAAGGAGCAUGCAUGAGCUUUUGACUUACUGAUAUCAUUAGUUUAAUUUUGUAACUGAGGCUGGCCAUUAAUUGUAUUUCAAGUGUAUAUUAUUUCUUUACACAUGUUACCAACACUCUUCAUCUGGGCUUAAUUUUGUCCCAUUGUUGAUAAGAGCGCCCCCUUCUAUUCCUGAUAAGUGUGCUCAUACAUCAAGUUAUUCUUUCACAGGAAAUUGAGAGCUGGAGACAUUCCUGGAGCAA